CAAGGUGCCGGGCGCGCGCACGCUCCCUCGAGUUUAACGGUCGCGAGAGGCCGCUCGCCCGACCCUGACAUCGACUGUGGGAGCAGCGGCCAGACUCUCUUGGGAGCUUAGGAUAUUUCACAGUUCUGAAUGUUAGCAUCUGAAAAUGCCUGUAGACGAUGAAGCAUCUGAAGAUGACUCGGAUUCAGUUUCUUCAAACAUUGAAAGAACCUACAUUUUCCAAUAAGAGAGUAUAACAGUUUCUGUACACUAUGGAAGAUAUUGAUUUGGUGAAACCCUUACGAAAAUCUUCAUCUUCUGUAGAAUCUGAUAUAAAAAAUUCUCCCCAUUCUUUUGGACUGAACUUAAAUACUAAUAGAAGUAGUCCCCACCUUAGUACAAAUGGGGUAUCCUCUUUCUCAGGGAAGACCAGACCAUCUGUAAUUCAAGGUACAGUUGAAGUCUUAACCUCUUUAAUGCAAGAGCUACAAAACAGUGGAAGGACUGAUUCGGAACUUUGGAAAAACUGUGAGACCAGGUGGUUACAGCUAUUCAAUUUGGUGGAAAAACAAUGCCAACAACAGAUAGUUGCCCAGCAGGAACAGUUCCACAACCAAAUUCAACGAAUACAAGAGGAGAUAAAAAAUUUAGUCAAGUUACAGACCAGUAAUACUUCCUGGGCUUCUUCCGAUAGUUCUUUAAGCAAACAGUUAUCUUCAGAAAGUCAAAUGGGUUUUUUUUCUGAAAACAGUGAGAGAAAUGAACCUAUUACCAGUUAUCCUAAGUCUACAGAACCCGAAAUGCAGCAAGAAACAUCCGCGUCACAACCAGACUGCAAUGUGGAUGGUAGCUCAGUGAGCAGUGGCUAUGGUACCUUUUGUGUCUCUGAAUUAAAUGCCUACAAAUCUAAGGACCCUCAGGAGUUCAUGGAGCACACAGAAGUUUCUGAAGGACAGUUUGGAGCACCUUUGGGGCAGACGGAGUCACUUGUAGAUGGUGGAAAAAACAAGAGUUUUCAUAUACAUACCACUGAAGAGUUUUGCGCAUCUGUAAAGGAAGAUAUUUCCAUUUUUCCUGGUGAAUUUGAACACGAUUUUCUUGGCGGAAAUAAGAUUUCAGAAGUAUACAGUGGAAAAACAAACAGUAAAUCUGUAACAUCAUGGGCACAAAAGCUGAAGCAGAACCAACCAAAGAGAGCACUUACAGAAGACGGGUGUUCAAAAUCUAUGCAAGGAAAUGAGCAAGCCAAGAAGUCACCAGUUGAGAAAUCUAAUUUCACUGCUGCUAAGCAUCCUCAUGCUUUUUACCUCAAUAAACCAGAUGAGAGUCCAAAUUCUUGGAUGCCUGAUUCAGGAACAGGACUGACUUAUUGGAAGCUGGAAGAGAAGGACAUGUAUCACUCUUUGCCUGAGACUCUAGAGAAGACGUUUGCACCGGCCUCCUCCACAGAUAGGUCCCCAAGCCAGUCUAAUACUAGUAAUGAGAUGAAGCUACCAUCACUGAAGGAUAUUUAUCAUAAAAAACAAAGGGAAAACAAGCAGUUACCUGAGAGGAAUCUCACUUCUGCUUCCAACCCAAAUCAUCCACCAGAGGUACUAACUCUAGAUCCAACGUUACACAUGAAGCCAAAUCAGCAGAUUUCAGGGAUUCAACCACAAGGCUUUUUGAAUGCCCUUGAUGACAGAAUAUCCUUUUCACCAGACUCUGUUCUAGAACCUAGUAUGUGUAGUCACUCUGACAUAGACUCAUUUUCACAAGCAAGUAAUAUCGCUUCUCAGUUACCUGGAUUCCCAAAAUAUCCUUCAAAUACAAAAGCUUCACCAGUGGACUCUUGGAAAAAUCAUGGAUUCCAAAAUGAAAGUAGGACCAGUUCCACAUUUCCUUCAGUUUAUACUAUUACUAGUAAUGACAUCUCAGUGAACACUAUAGAUGAAGAAAACACUGCCAUAGUAACCUCAGCCUCAGUCAGUCAGUCCCAGCUUCCAGGGACAGUCAACAGUGUCCCAGAAUGCAUUUCCUUGGCUUCCCUGGAAGAUCCUGUGAUGUUGUCCAAAAUUAGGCAGAACCUGAAGGAAAAGCAUGCUCGACACAUAGCGGAUCUUCGAGCUUAUUAUGAAUCAGAAAUAAAUAGUUUGAAACAGAAACUGGAGGCAAAGGAAAUUUCUGCAGUUGAAGAUUGGAAGAAAACCAACCAAAUUCUUGUAGACAGAUGUGGCCACUUAGAUAGUGCUCUGAAUGAAGCUACCAGUCAUGUGAGAACACUUGAAAAUAAGAAUAACUUACUGGAAAUAGAAGUCAGUGAUUUCAGAGAACGCUUCAAUGCAGCCAGCAAUGCUUCCAAAAUUUUGCAGGAACGGAUUGAGGAAAUGAGAAUAAGUAAUAAAGAAAAAGACAAUACCAUCAUUCGACUAAAAUCUCGACUGCAGGAUUUAGAAGAAGCAUUUGAGAAUGCUUACAAACUCUCAGAUGAUAAAGAAGCGAGACUGAAACAAGAAAACAAAAUGUUUCAAGAUCUCUUAGGAGAAUAUGAGUCCCUUGGAAAAGAACACGAAAGAGUAAAGGAUAUAUUAAAUACAACUGAGAACAAAUUGCUUGAUGCACAUACUCAGAUUUCUGAUUUGAAAAGAACAAUUUCAAAACUUGAAGCUCAGGUCAAGCAAGUAGAGCAUGAAAAUAUGUUAAGUCUUCGCCAUAGUUCUAAAACUCCCAUGAGAUCCUCACGUGCCAACACACUGGCCACCUCCGACGUCAGCAGGCGCAAGUGGCUGAUACCAGGAGCGGAGUAUUCCAUCUUUACUGGCCAGCCUUUGGACACCCAGGAUAAUAGAGUGGAUAACCAGCUAGUGGAAACCUGUGCUCCCGGGUACCAUUCUCCUCCGGAAAAGGAUUCUUCAUCUGAAAGUUCACCAAGAAGCUUAUUGAUAAAAAAACAAAGAGAGACUUCAGAUACACCAAUCAUGAAAGCUUUAAAAGAACUCGAUGAAGGAAAAAUAUUUAAAAAUUGGGGCACACAGACAGAGAAAGAGGAUACCUCAAAUAAAUUAUCGAAUCCUCAGCAAACUGAAAUGUCAGUCAGUGCAAGUCGGUCCCCAGAGAAAUGUGCCCAACAAAGACAGAGGAGGUUUAAUUCUGCUUCACAGAGAUCCUCAUCGUUACCACCUUCAAAUCGUAAAUCAAGUACUCCAACAAAAAGAGAGAUUAUGUUAACACCAGUGACUGUGGCUUAUAGUCCAAAGCGAUCCCCUAAAGAAAAUUUGUCCCCAGGAUUUAGUCAUCUACUGAGCAAAAAUGAAAGCAGUCCAACUCGAUUUGAUAUACUUUUGGAUGAUUUAGAUACUGUUCCUGUGUCUGCAUUACAACGUACCAAUCCAAGAAAACAACUCCAGUUUCUUCCUCUAGAUGACUCAGAAGAAAAAAAAUACUCAGAAACAGCCACCGACAUCCAUGCUAAUCAUAGCUCUUCUCCCGAACUGUUGCCAAAUGGAGUGAAGAAAGUGUCUGUGAGAUCAGCCUGGGAGAAGAAUAAAUCAGUUAGCUAUGAACAGUGUAAGCCCGCGUCAGUAGCACCACAUGGUAAUGAUUUUGAGUAUACAGCAAAAAUUAGGACCCUAGCUGAAACGGAACGGUUUUUUGAUGAACUUACAAAAGAAAAAGACCAGAUUGAGGCAGCACUAAGUCGAAUGCCUUCUACUGGAGGACGAAUCACUUUGCAGACAAGAUUAAACCAGGAAGCCUUGGAAGAUCGUUUGGAAAGGAUUAAUCGAGAACUGGGCUCAGUUCGAAUGACAUUAAAGAAAUUUCAUGUUUUGCGCACCUCUGCAAAUCUCUGAGAUUUGUAGCCAUUAAAUUUUGAGACGUUUUUGUUUGCACUAACGUAUAAUUAUGCACUCAGAAAAGGCAAACUGUUUUGUACUGUUUAUAAGCCUUCAAAUAGUAGUUUUACAAUCAUGCUAUUCUUUACACUUACUGUUUUAUACUUCAAAUGGCCACAUAUUUUCAAGAUAUUUUUGUUAUGCUCAGGAAUCUCUUGUAUAUUUUACUAUUUAAAAAGUAUUAUUUUUAAAUAGUGUAAGUCUCCAGUUUAUAUCAAUAGUAAGGAAAUGUAAACAGGGGAGGCAGCUUGUUUCUAAACAAAUAGUGUUAUCCUUUUACAAUUAACUUUGCACACUAAUUUUAUACUUGUUCUACAUUGUGAAUAUGAUUCUUUUUUUAAAUAAAUGCUUAAUAGCUUCUAUAAUAAUAGAGUAAUACAUGCUGAAUGCAAAAAAAAAAAAAGAAAAAUGCAGCAUACCCUGGAAUUUAGUUGUGUUGGGAUUUUUUUUUUUUAAUGGUAAUGCAGUUCCUGUUAGGAACAUGUCUUAGAGUGAAUAUUAGAAUAGUAAUAAUGGAAAUAAUGGAAUAUUGGAAAGCUUUGGAAACUAUGAAUAACUCCUUUUGUUUCCCUUGAACUUUAUUGUCUGUAAGGAGGGAAAAAUGAGAGUUGUGAUUCUCUAAUGUCAUAUAUGUAGUACUUUUCAGAAAACGGUAAGCAGUUGGGGAGCUGUAGGCUUUGCGCCCAGCAUUCUGAGUGGAACUGUGUCCCUGCUGUGGCCAUAAGUUGGUGGAUGAAGCUUUGAUGGAAGACAGACCACCACCCAGUGAGGUGGUUUCCCCCGGGUACGUGGCUUCAGCCGCCAGUCACCAUGCAGAUGUGUUUAACCCCGCUGCACUCCCCCCCUGCCAAAAAAACCUCCCGCCAUAGCAGGUGCUGUAAGAAUGCUAGGUUGGGAUUAGAGCACCCGCCCCUGCUUGUUCACAGACACAGGAUGUGUGUAGAUGGAGCCUUGGGACUUUGGCCUUGCUGGAGGGCUCCAGCUCCUGGCCUUGGCAGUGGCACGUGGGCAGGAGGCUGUGCUCUGGUCAGCAGCACUAGCAGGUAUAUGUUCUGACUGCUGGUCAAGCCUGGGCUGCUCCACUGCCCACUUUUCGGUGGCUGGUCGGAAUCCAGUGCCCACAUAUUCCUGUACACGGUCAUAAAUAGACGCAUUCGGAAUGCGUCUUUAAUUUAAUUAUCAUUUAAUUAUUGAACUUUCAAUAUUUAUUCCCACUGAUAAUGCUCAGGUUUUAACGUUUGGUUUUCUUUUGAACUUUUUCUUCUUAUGUGACUCUUAGUAGCUUGUAGUUCUAAUGAGCCAAGCCAACCAUCACUCCACUAGGGUCUGUGUAUGCCUUUGAGCAGGGAUCUCAAACUAUCUUUGAGCACCUUCACCAAAGCUUACCUGGCUGAGCUCCAGGCCUGCUGCCCCAGUGGUGCUCCCUUCUCAGCUUUGCUGGGGGAGAGGGGUCCUCCAUAGGGAGGGGCCAUCUGAUACCUGACUCUCCUGUUCCUAUCCCUGAGUUGAACCUUUGCUCCUGACUCCUGCCACCAGUUGAGCACCUUGGGCUAAUCACAGUUAUUCAGCAACAGAGUAAGUGCCUUUAUUCGUAGUAUUUUUUUUCUAGCCUUUUUUUUUUUAAGUCAACUAGUUAUAGUAAAGAAUAAGUUAAUUUUAAUCAAGCUCCAGUACAGCUGUGUCAAGACCUAGUAAAGGGAUUGACUUUACUGAUGGUAUUCCUUUUGUGUUCCUAUACGUGACAUUAAAAUCUAACUUGAAAAUUA